CGCCCCCGUCAACGAUAGUACUAGUACUAUUACACAGUACAUAUCGUUAGUCGACGCGCUGCUGGAGUAGGAUCCAAGCGAAUCUUCGCUCAGCAGAGAACAAGCAUGAUUUCAACCACUCUCCCGACGCUGCAAUGAAAUCGUUGUUUGGGACCGCCUGGAGACCGCCCCAACGUGCGGUUCUGGUUCCACGGCGAUGGCGCUCUGCCAGAACCGCGCCAUGGAGGGUGCCUGCGCGAGACCCUAGAAAGCCCGUCAAUCCUAGGCAGCUGCUCAACCUGCUCAAGCCUGACAGUCCAGAUCUGAGGCGCCCGCACUUCGUGAUGAAGCAGAACUACCAGAUUUUUCAGUCCCUUGCAGAGUCGCGCUUUAAACAUAUCCUCGAGUCGAUGGGCAACUGGGCGGAGAAUAAGGAAGAGUGGCGCUCCUUCGGCGUCAAAAGCCAGUUGGACGUGGAACGACAGGCCGGCUUGUUCAAGGCAACCCUGACCGAAGCCUUUGAGCUCGCCAUGGCUAAGAAGAAGAUCAACCGGCAGGAAAAUCCACUGUUCUGGAACCUGCGCAACGCCUUCAUCCGCCAAGAAACCGAGGGCCUGACCCGCGAACUCCAGCUCGCCUUUCAAACCUUCAUGAUGCGCGACCGCUUCCCCGAGGCCGUCAACCAGCUGCACAGGGACCUGGCCGACAUGCGCAAUCCCUACGAGUGGUACCCGGCCACGCGCAUGAUUCAGCGCACCAUUCACCUCCACGUUGGGCCCACCAACUCGGGCAAGACGUACAAUGCCCUGAAGGCGCUCGAGAACGCGCGGACAGGCAUCUACGCCGGCCCGUUACGCCUCCUGGCCCACGAGGUCUGGAACCGCUUUACUGCCAAAAACAAGGCAUGCGCCCUGAUCACGGGCGAGGAGAUGAGGAUCCCGUCAAACGCCGAUACCUGGUUCCACAGCUGUACCGUGGAGAUGACGCCGCUGAACUCCAGGGUCGACGUUGCCGUCAUCGACGAGAUUCAGAUGAUUGAGAGCGAGGACCGGGGCUGGGCUUGGACCCAGGCCUUCCUCGGUGUCCAAGCCAAGGAGGUGCAUCUCUGCGGAGAAGAAAGGGCGGUGCCCCUGAUCCGGGAACUGUGCGCCAGGAUCGGCGAGCAGUGCGUUGUGCAUGAGUACCAGCGGCUCAAUGGCCUCGAGAUAGCUCAGGAGGGCUUGGGUAACGGUUUCACGAAGCUGCGCAAAGGGGAUGCCGUGGUCGCCUUCUCCCGCGUCGGCAUACAUCAGCUCAAGGCGGGUAUCGAGCAACAAACAGGUCGGAGAUGCGCCGUUGUAUACGGCAGCUUGCCCCCUGAGACGCGUGCCAGCCAAGCGGCGCUGUUUAACGAUCCGAACAACGACUACGACUUCCUGGCAGCCAGCGAUGCCAUUGGUAUGGGACUGAACCUCGAGAUCAAGCGUGUCAUUUUUGAGUCGGCCUAUAAGUUCGACGGGCGCGCCUUCCGGCCGCUCAAAGUGACCGAGAUCAAGCAGAUAGGUGGGCGUGCUGGCCGUUUCAGGACCGCCACGCAGGAGAUGAUGGGGAUCACAACAAUGCCGGCCCCUGGAGAGGUCACCGCGUUUGAUGACGAGGACCUAGGCAUCAUUCAGAAGGCGUUCAGGACGGAGGCCGGCCCAAUCCCGACCGCAGGUCUCUUCCCGCCGCCGUCCAUCAUCGAACGGUUCCAUUCUUACUUUCCCCCGCGGACGCCCAUAAGCUUCGUCCUCGGCCGGCUGCGCGAGUUGAGCAGGAUAUCAGACCGCUUCCACAUGUGCGACUUCACCGCGGCCAUGGAGAUCGCCGAGGUCCUCAAGGAGUACAAACUCAGGGUGUCGGACAACUGCAUCUUCCUCAACGUGCCCAUCGACCUCCGCGACGAGAGGCAGGUCGCGGCGCUGCAAGCCUUCGCCAAGUGCGUCGCCGAGCUCGGCAACGGCCACCUCCUCGACUUCGACGUCAUCGACCUCGAGGUCCUCGACGCUGUCCGCCCAGAAACGCGCAGCGAGCAGGCCAACUACCUGCGCAGUCUCGAAUCGCUGCACCAGCAGAUCACCAUGUACCUCUGGCUCAGCUACCGCUACCAGGGCGUGUUCCAGAGCCAGGCCCUCGCCUUCAAGGUCAAGGAGAUGGUCGAGCUCAAGAUCACGGAGCAUCUGGAGAAGCUGAACUUUGUGCCCGACCUGCAGCGUCUGAAGAGGCAGCGCAGAAGGAAGGCUGCGGCGCGGGUUCAGGAGAAGCAGCAGUUCUGGCUUGGCGAGAAUGAGAGAGUCCUUGAACAUGAUGAUGAACUCACUAGACGAUUAGUUGACGCCCGUGCCUGAGGUUAGGAUUGGAAGGAAGGCUGUAUAUGUGUGUAUGAUACGCCCGGGUGGACGGCGGCUGUCAUUUUGCAUCCGGCAUUGGGCACGGCAGCGACAGGGCGACAGUGUCUUGUAUACUAGUAAACUCUGCAUAGAUAUGGGAAGCGGUAAAGUCGAAAGGUGGGUAUACACGGGAUCAUGGAGUUGGGUACUAAAACCCCAGGGUUUAGACAAUCACUUUUGGAACUUGUAGUCAGCGUCUGAUCCAAACGUUAGUGAGAGCGAGAUGC